GCACGUGUACAUCCAUGAGAGCACUGUCCAUCCAUCCACUCAUGGGCACCUCCAUCAAUCCAUCCAUCCAUGGUACACCUGACGAGCCCAUCGGGCAUCACACAUGCACCGCCAGAAAAACAGGCACUUUCGGACAGAUACGGCAGCCAUCCCGUCACAGAUAACACACAGAGAGAGAGGGAGAGACAGAGAGACUCGCAUCCAUCCGUCCAUCCAUCCAGCCCAUUGAGCAGCAAUGCGUUGCAAACCGUUGUGUUGUGUCUCUUUUAGUAUCUCUGUCUGGUGUUUGUCUGUUGCACCUCUGGGAAGUGUGAUCACCCGUGCCAGAAUAUCCCUCAUGCAUACGUGCGCAUCCAUUCAUCCCUCCCUUGCUGUGUCUUGCGGAUUGAUCAGAUGAGAGGUCGGGGGCUCUUGUCGUUGUUGUCGAUGCCGUUGCCAUCCGCCGGCUUGAUGAGUGCCAGCAGGUUGGCCGCCAUCCUGCGACGCCACUGCUCCCGAAGCACGAAGGCCGGCAUCGGCACGUUCUCCCUGCAUGCGCACAUCAUUGCAAAUGACAUUGUCCGCUCCGUCUCUCUCCUCAGUUGCGUACGGGUGCGGCGAGCGCUUAAAUUCUGGGCGGUACCAGCGCUUCGGGCGGCGCUCGUCGGGUAUCGGGGGCUCGCCAUAAUCCAUCACGUUGACGUUGAAUGGCUCCCGGGCCUCCUCGUCGUUGAGGAGGCGGACGCCGGGAACCCACAGGGCCAGGCGGCUGCCGACCACACGAGUCGACAUGCGAACGAUGCUGUGCGAGUUGAUUUGCAAUGAGAUGGCUUUCUGAAAGUAAUUGAGUCCGAAGUUGGUG